AUGUCCUCCCCACCUCCCUAUACUCCCCCCAACCCUUUAAAACGCUCCAUGACCUCCAUCUCCGCCACCUCUACCAACGCAAAUGCCACGGCCCACAAACGCCCACGCAUGCACCCCCUCCGCCAAACCUCCUUCCCAACGACCAUCGAUGACCCGCGCAGCGGCGCACCCUUCAGCGCCGCGGCCAGCGACGCGGGGUCUGUGACAGGGAGUUUCACAGGGAGUCUUGAUGGGGCUUUUUCCGGUGCUGGGAGUGCGAUGGUGCCGAAGGGCGGGAAGAAGAGGGGAAGGAAGAGCAAGGCUGAGAAGGAGAGGGAGAGGGAACGCGAGCGGGAGGAGGGGAUUAGCGCGAGGGGUGGUGAGGGGAGGGUUGGGAGUGUGGAUGUUGAUGGUGGUUCUGUGCGUGGUGGUGUGACGGGGAAUACUGGGGGAGGAGGUGGUGGUGGUGGUGGUGGUGGGAACACUGGUGCUGGGGGGAAUGAGGAUGCGGAGGAGGAUGAGGAUUUUGAUGAUGAGGGGGAGUUGUUGGGGAGGGAGGAGGGGGCGACGGAUAUUGAGGCUGAGAAGAAGAAUCUUGCUUUACUAGUCGAUGCAUUUAACCCCCAACAAUCCGAGCGAUAUGAUCUGUUUAAACGAGCGAAGUUGCGGAAAGAAACACUACGACGGAUCGUUAACCAUGCGCUCUCGCAGUCCGUACCGGCCAGUGUGGUUACGACUAUUAAUGGAUUUACAAAGGUGUUUGCGGGAGAAAUCAUCGAAAAAGCACGAACGGUACAAGCGCAAUGGGCGGAAGCACACGAUCAAGCUGCGCGCGCUGAGUUUGACGAGCAACAGAGACUGUCAAAUUCAGCCGCGGCUGAAAGUGAUACUACGAUCAAACAAGAGCCAGGAACGCAAUCCCAAUCUCAACGCGUGUUCGUUCCACCUCCAAACCCGCACCGCGGACAGUUACUCCCGGCACAUGUGAGAGAGGCGUUACGGCGGUAUAAGCGCGAUGGUGAAGGUGGUGGUGUUGGGUUCUCGGGGUUGAGUAUGGGGAAUUUAGGGGUGAGAGGGUCGGUUACUUGGAGCGCUGGGGGUGUUGGUGGACGGAGGAUAUUCAGAUAA